AUGCCGAUAGCCAUCCUGCUGCCGGCCACCAAGAUUCGCCAGCGACGGCAUCGGCAGCAACCAAGACAGCCCGGAUUCGGAUUCGCCCUCAUGGCAGACCUCGACGUCAGCGUCCAACCGCCGAGCCGGGUGCAGACCGGCCGACGGCUGUACCCGCCCGUCGUCGUGCGGCACUCGGUCUCGGACGCCGACGCCGGCCACCACUUCGCCACCGUCGUCCUCGUCGACGAGGAGGGCGCCGUCGUCGACGCCGACCUCGACGGCACCAAGGCCGCGAGCCGACUCGAGCUGGGCGGCAGCGGCGAGGCGGGCCCCUCGACGCUCGUCUUUGCCUUUGCCGACCUGCGCAUCGCCCGCGAGGGCACCUUUGUCAUCCGCGUCGACGUCUACCACGUCGCCCCCGCCGGCGCCGCCGGCGCCGUGCUCGUCGGCCAGGUCCAGACGCGACCGAUCCGCGCGUCGGCGGCCGAGACGGCAGCCGAGAGUCCAUGUAGGUCGUCGCACACCUCGUCCCUUCUCGUGAACGUCGGACUGACAGGCCGCCCGCUCAGCGUCGGACGAGCAGGCCCUCAUGAGGAGCCUUGGUCGAGCAGGAUUUCCCCCGCCGCCUGGCCCGUGACGGCGUCGGGCCCUCGCCGCCUAGGGCGUCCGCUCGACGGGAGGCAUCCGCUCGACGAAGAGCAUCCGCUCGACGAAGAGCAUCCGCUCGACAGGAGGCAUCCGGGGGGUCGGCAGGACGGGAGCGUCGGCCGUCGGCCGGAUCCAUGGCGAGCUGGCCAUCGAGAGGCGAGAGGUGAGGACAGGUGUUCCGUCGAUGGGCAGAGAAGGGGCGAUGGCGAGGCCGACGAAGCUGAAUCGAGUCACUUGACCCGCCGACGCUUGAAGCACACAAGUACUUGUACGCGUGUGCAGCGCAGCACGGGGUACGGCACGGCGUACAUGUACAAGACGUUUUCGCCGCCGCAGCAAAGCAUUGGUCACGGCACCUGCAACAAAGCACAGCGAUACUUGCGUACAGUCACUUGA